GGAAUUGUUGCCGCUGUGAAUUAAUGAUGUGGGCUUGAAUCUGGUCGGAUUAGCAUAGAUAUUUGCAAUAAAUCAGUUGGCGUCAGGUGCGAUUAAAGAAAGUGGCACAGUUUGCAAUAUGCGUUCUCUGUUGGUUCAGGUUGUGUUGUUGUUCCUCGUCAGUGGAGAGACGCUGAAGCGGUCGCCCCUGCAGGUGGGGCUGGUGGCAUUCACCGAGAAGCCCCACGCGGGCAACUUCACGCACCGGGCCGUCGGGGGCCACACCAAGUGGGUCCCGGGGCACGUGCGCCACCAUGCCUUCAUCCCGGCGCACCUGCACCACGUCCUCAUACCCCACGUCCUGAUCGUGCACCCCUACAGCCCCUACCGGGAGCACAUAGGGGGCUUCGGGAUCGGCGUGGACUCCGGAGGGCAAGGCGCGGGGCACGGCUUCCACGUCGUUUUUAAUUUCUAGCACUGUGUUUAUUUAAAUGUAGGAUAAGGAGAUUUCUAAUAAAGAGACACUUGGAUGUUUCA